UUGUUUGAUUUGUUUUAAUUUUGAGAAGAAACAAAAAAAAAAUGGAUUCAACAUUCGAAGUUUUAAUUAAAGCUAUCAUGGCAAAUGAUGAUCUAAAAAAGCGGGAAAAAUUUAUUCGUCGUAAUUCAAAAAAAAUUGUUCCAUUAGUACAAUGGCUUUGUAAAACAAUUUUUUCAUUAGAAACAAAUGAUGAUCAUUCGAAUUUGGAAAGGAAAAAAUCUCGUAAUGAAAAAGAUGAAUCAACAACAACAAAUUCAUCAAAUGAUUUAGUUGGAUUUUCAUUAGAUUGUGUACUGAUCAUAAGUUCAGCUGCAGCUUCUACAACCGACAAUGAAAAACAAAUUUCCGAACAAAUAUCUCAAGCUGUUAUGAAUGAAAAAGAUUUUCUUCAUUACCUUAAUGAUCAUAUUAUCAAUGAACAAACCAUGGAUUUUGAUCGACAUUUAGGCAUUUUGGUUAAUUUUACUCGACACAUUCUAUUCGUCGAAUCAUUAGUCGAAAAUGUUCUUAAUCCAUUUCCAUUGGAUAAAUUUAUUAACGGAUUUCAAACAAAAUUUCAAUCUAAUCAUUGUCAAAAAUCAUUAAUGACCGCAUAUCUAAAUAAUCUUUGUCAAUGUGAAAAAAUUCGUAAUCGAUUGAUUGAUGGACGAUAUUUACAUUCAUUUAUGGCCAUUUAUGAUCAUUAUCAACAAUCAACAGAUAUGGAUCAUAUUCAAUUACGAUUAUCAAUUAUUGAAUUAAUACGUAAUUGUUGUUUAGAUUAUCAUUGUCAUGAACGAUUAAUUUCAAAAGAAGAUCCUGAUCUACUUGUACGUUUAGUUAUGCCAUUAGCUGGUGGUGAAGAACUUUCGGAUGAUGAAAUGGAAUCAUUACCAUUAGAUUUACAAUAUUUACCUGAUGAUAAAAAACGUGAAUCGAAUCCGGAUAUACGUCGACUGUUAAUCGAAACUAUACAUCAAUUUUGUUCAACAAAAUAUGGUCGUGAAAUAAUACGUUUUACAAAUAUUUAUUAUCAUUUACGUGAAUAUCAUCGUUGGGAAAAACAAGAAGAUAAUAUUGAAACAUUAAUGCGUUUGAUUGAUGUUAUAAUUAAAAAAGAAGAAGAAAUAAAUGUUGAUAAUCUUCGUGAGCUGGAAAUUCCACAGGAUUUAUUGGAAAAAUUCGAACGUUUAGAUCAUGAUGAUGAUGGCAAGGAAUGAUUACUGAUUUACUGUAU